AUGUUCAUGGAGGUGAGUGCGCGCCAAGGGACGAAUGUGAAGGCGUUGUUUAGGAAAGUCGCCGAGGCGCUCCCUGCACCGGACGACGCAAACGCCAACGGCUGCGGUAUUACGACGGACGGUGCACGUGGGGCGGGCGGCCAGUCAAGGGCGAUGGGGAAGCAGCGGGACCCAUUCCUCCUCACUCCGUCGCUGAUGAAAGACGGCGAACAGAAUGCGGCAGCGAACAGCAGCCGCGGUAGAUGUUGCUGA